ACUUCAACAAAAAAGUGAGCUGAAAAAUCACGCUUCAGAAGAAGUAACUUAUCAGGUUGCCUGUGGAUUGAUACGAUUACCGUUACCAGAAAACUUUAAAAUAAAUAAUAAUUCUGUUGUAGCACAAGUAAUAUUGGUUGUUGUACUUGAACCAGUAUUUCCGGAAAACCUUACUGUUCUGUCUGGAUCGUAA